UCCUUCUUCACCAUAUGCUCCUUCACUCUCUCAUCUUCUUCUUCCACCACUCUCUCUUUCUCUCUCUCUAUGUUUCGCCACAUCUCAGUUAAAUUACCCAAGCAAAUCAAUAACAAUUAAAACUCUCUUCACAAUUUUUAUUUACAGAGCUCUUCAUCACAAAAACCCUAAUCUUUUCUUGUUAUAUAUCUCGUGACUCUUGUUUCUCCUCCAAUCUCUCUCUCCCUCUCUUCAAACCAAUCGGGUUCUUUCUGUAAAACUUCACUCGUUGGCCAAUUUCUUUGGUUUUCAUGAAAAUCUCAGAUUCCAAUUAGUUUUCUUUUUCUAGUAUUUCCUUUUUUGAUAUUUCUUAAGAAUGAUGAACAUUUGUAAGAAUCUUUCUUUCCUCUUCCUCUUUCCCUAAAGUUUUGACCUUUUUGUUUUUCUAUUUCUUCAAUUUUGUAGUUUCUCAAAACUUUUAAAGUUUUCUUGAGAGGGUUUAGGGUUUAUCAUCUUAAAUUUAAGCACAAUUCAAUUAAAUUUAAUUUCCCUCAAUUUCAUAAACCUUAAUUUCGUCACUCUCUCUCCUCCACACAAACAGUAGAGUUUCGUACUGUCACCAAAAUUUCCACUUAGAAAGUUUUGGUGCUUUUAACUUUGAUUAUUACCUUCUCAAAUCCGAGAUUUUUUUCCUGAAUUCUCCACUCGAAUUGAGUUAAUCCAGCUGUCUGAUUUAUAACUUUCUCGGGAAAAUGGCUCACUUUUUUCUCGGCCAAGAAAUGUCCGCUUGCUUAAACAGCGGCGGCGGAGCCGCCACCGCAGCAUAUAGCUUCGAGUUAGAAAAAGUGAAAUCGCCACCGUCAAGCUCAACCUCGACGAGAGCUACAUCGCCGUCAUCAACACUCUCGGAAUCUUCCAAUUCGCCGCUCGCAAUCUCAACGAGAAAGGCAAGAACGCCGCGAAAACGACCUAACCAGACUUACAACGAAGCGGCGGCUCUUCUCUCCACCGCUUAUCCAACCCUCUUCUCUUCCUCCUCAAGCAGCAGCAACAACUUGUACGCUAAGAAGAAAACUCACUCGAAUUCUCAGUUUUACGGGUUCGUUAGAUCUCCUCUUCUCGGUGAUAACGACGACGGUUCCGAGCUGCUUCUCCCCUUCGAAUCUAUCGAGGAGCCCGAUUUCCUGUUUCAUCCGACGAUUCAAUCGAAAUCGGAUUUCUUCUUUGAGCAGAAGGAGGUGAAUUCCGGAGUGUGUAACAAUGGUGGUCGGGCAGGAGAAAUCGACGAAUCGGAGGUGAAUCAGUUUGAUUUUUCCGACGAAUUCGAUGCGGAGUCGAUUCUCGAUGAGGAAAUCGAAGAAGGGAUCGAUAGUAUAAUGGGGAGUGUCGAGUCAAAUUCCGGAGAGGUUCUCGAAUCUAGGGUUUCGGGAAUCAAUCGUAGCCACCGAAUUGGCCGGCUAGAGCAGAUUAUGAUGAUGAAUCCGUGGAAUCGAAGCUCUAAGGGAUUCAAAUUCGCCGGAAAUUUUCCGUUGGGGCUUGGAUUGAGAAGCGCUCUCAGAGAAAACGACGACGCAAACUGGUGGAGGUUUCACACCGUAGAUUUCGAGCAGAUCUCGCCGCGAAUCCAAACCACCACAGUGGAAAACGUCGUCGUCGAUGACGAGAAAACCGACAUUAAAAAGUCGAUCGGAGAGAAGAGCAAGAAGAAGAAGAAGAAGAAAGUUGCGGCGGCGACGCCAUUGACGGAAUCGAAGAGCACGGAGUCGAGUAAAGAAGAUGCGGAGGAGAGAUCAGGUAAUCCGAUGUUGAAGCUCGACUACGACGGCGUUUUAGAAGCUUGGUCUGAUAAAGCGUCGCCGUUCUCCGAUGAGAUUCUGGGCUCGGAAGCUUCGAGAGCCGACGUCAAUAUUAGCUCAGAUAGAUUUGUUCGGAGACAGUGGAAUGCGAGAAGCAAGUGUAUUGAGGUACAAAGAGAAACGACGAACUCGACUAUUUUCCAAGAAAAUUCGAUACCAAGUUCGCAAACUCAACGCAGAUCAACGUCCUCGAAUGAAGGGACGAUUCGUAAGGAGGCCCAAUACGAGCACUCCAAGUGGACAAAGAUAACAAAACAUAAAAAGGAGCCAAGAUUCACUCCUUUCAUCUUUUUUUUUUUUCAAUUUCUUUUUAGUUUUUGUAUUUUAUUUUUAUUGAAAUUUUGCCCUCCUCAUUUUUUUCCCUUAAUUUAUGGUCCCUUUGGUUUAUAAUGUAGUUUUUUGCCCUUAAAAUAAGGAUUAUUAAGGAGAUUUUAGUUGAGAGAGAGAGAAAGUGAGGGAUCAAAACGAAUAAAAGCUUUUGUAUUUGCACAAAAAAAUGUGUUGAACUCA